AAUCGAAAAACGAUAGUAGAUAAUAUUUAUGAUACAACAUAAUUAACCAAAGAAAACUAAUUGAAAUCUAGUCUUUUAUUUUGGAGAACUGAGUGAAAUGACGAAAAUUUGAUUUUGAUCUCGAUAUUUCAAAAUAUGAAACGAAGUAAAAACGAAGCAUAAUCGUGAUAUAUCGUGGGAUUUUUCGAUAAUUAAUCGAUCUCUAGAUCAUGGCUCCAGCAAACAAUCUUGAUUGGUCAGAACCAUGUCAGCAAUGGCGAUAUCCAAAAUUCUAUCCGACGGCGGCUGGACAAAAAAACGAACGUCCUAAAAGCGCUGUGGAAUUGGGUGGCAAAGAGGCCAAUACUGCAUAUAAAAAAUUCUGCAAGUUCUUGCGCCGACUAAGCAGCAAGAAACGCAAGGAUGGCAGCAAGGUAACGACUGUAGUAGCGACUCCUGGUGCUGGUCCGGAUCGUCCUCAGGAAGUCGCGUACACCGAUACCAAGGUCAUAGGCAACGGCAGCUUUGGUGUGGUAUACCAAGCGAAACUCUGCGACUCGGGAGAAAUGGUUGCUAUCAAGAAGGUUCUUCAGGAUAAACGAUUUAAGAACAGGGAAUUACAAAUUAUGCGACGCCUCGAACAUUGCAACAUUGUGAAACUCAAAUAUUUCUUUUAUUCUAGUGGUGAUAAGAACAUCUUAACCGCGACUAAUCCGGUUUUUCACGUUGACAAGGACGAGGUUUAUCUUAAUCUAGUCCUGGAAUACAUACCCGAAACUGUGUACAAAGUCGCUCGACAUUAUAGCAAAAGCAAGCAGACGAUACCAAUCAGUUUCAUCAAGUUGUAUAUGUAUCAACUGUUCCGUUCGUUGGCGUACAUCCAUUCGCUGGGUAUUUGUCACAGGGAUAUUAAACCACAGAAUUUGCUGCUAGAUCCGGAUACUGGUGUCUUGAAGCUAUGCGAUUUUGGUUCAGCUAAACACCUUGUGAAGGGCGAACCAAAUGUGUCUUAUAUCUGCAGUCGCUACUAUCGCGCACCUGAACUCAUCUUUGGUGCUAUUGACUACACUACAAAAAUUGAUGUUUGGAGUGCAGGUUGUGUGCUAGCAGAACUACUGCUAGGUCAACCAAUAUUUCCCGGUGAUAGCGGUGUCGAUCAACUGGUAGAGAUUAUCAAAGUCCUCGGUACGCCUACGCGCGAUCAGAUACGUGAGAUGAACCCCAACUACACUGAGUUCAAAUUUCCACAAAUUAAAUCACAUCCCUGGCAAAAGGUGUUUAGGGCGCGCACACCGCCGGAAGCGAUGGAUCUAGUGGCACGGCUCUUGGAGUAUACACCGUCGUUGCGCAUGACACCGUUGCAAGCAUGUGCGCAUUCAUUCUUCAAUGAAUUACGUGAACAAGGCACGCGGUUACCAAGCGGCCGUGAAUUACCGCCGCUUUUCAAUUUCACCGAGCAUGAGCUGCGAAUCCAGCCGAUCCUCAACAGCAUGCUGAUACCCAAAUACAUGCAAUCGGCCGCCGCCACCACCGGUACAGAGGGGAAUCCCGGCGGGGGCGGCGGAGGCGGAGGUGGCGGCCAAUCGGACGCUACGGGCGCCGCUGCCAGUGCUAGCGGUAAUUCUAGUGAUAAUAGCGCCAAUAAUCCCAACACCACCACUAACACCACCGCUACCAACACGCAAAACACUGACCCCAGCCAAUCGAACAUGGCUUGAACCGCUUUAUUCUAUCUUCUAUUUUUCUUUUCCUUUUUAACGUUAUUAAAGAGUUGGGUUAUGACGUUGUUACGAUGGCAUGACGAAGUAACCAUCUUCUGACGAGGAUGUCCACGUUGUAAAUGCGAUAUACCGCAUUGCGGAGUAAAUAGAUAUAAGGUUUUCAUCUUCUCUCUAGCGAGAAGUAGUGUAGUACUGCGACGCGAUUCAGUGGAAUUAAGGCUCUUAUUAAAAUUCAUCUCCGUAGGUACCUCCGUAGGUAGGACCAGGGGAUCCUAACUCUCUUUAUCUUGACAAAAACGGAAGUUUGAUGAAUUCGUAAUUUUUAGAGGACAGAGCGCCGUCAACUUAUUUCUUUACCACUUACUGGCUUUUUUAUUGCCAAUAGUGGCUGGUUGACCAACUUCUGUAAAUUAGAUAGUCAAGUUUCUUCUAUUU